AUGAGUAAUCUUAAUGAUACUAAAAUUAUCGAAAUACAAGAUUCUUCACAAGAAUCUCUAUAUAGCGAAAUUUGUGAUUCUUUGCAAAAAGAAUUAAAAGUAGAUCCUUUAUCCAUAGAAUCGUUAUUUGAUAAUUCAUCAAAUAAAAAAUGUAAAAAACCUCAUCCUUUACGCCAAUAUCUUGAACCAAGUGAUAAUGGUCUUUUUGUUUGUUGUAAACGAUGUUCAGUGCAAUGGCAAAAAUCAACAGGAAUUAGUACAAUUAAAACGCAUUUCAAAAAAUUUCAUACGGACAUUUAUAAUCAAUUAGA